CUGUUUGUACUGAGUCUUAUCGUAACUUGAACUGAUUGAUCAGGAUAAAAGUCAUCUAUUUAUAAUAAAACAUUUUGUCUGGUUUUGUUGGUUUUUCUAUGUGAGCUUCAUCAUGGAAACACUGACGUUUGUUUUGCUAGCUUUAGCUAUAAUAGUUCAAGUUCGAGGCCCGAAUCAUGACCAUCCACCCCAUGACAACCACCACCCCGAUCACGAUUGUCAUGGACCUGAAUGUGAUGAUGUCCUAAGGGCCCUUCACGACAUUGGAGCAAACUUUGACGACCACGUGUGUCAUGUUUUCAAAGAUAUAGACUGUACACAUCAUGUGUUACCAGACGAUGAACAGAUUUGUGGGUCAGACGGAUUUACAUAUGCAGAUCACUGUCUUUUUGUAAAAGCUCGAUGCGUCUUAAUACUAGAUCCCCACAAGCAUGACUCCUUAACAAUCUACAAUCAUGGUCCUUGUGUGGACCCAACAUCAACUGCUCCAACUCCAGCCGUUGUAUCAACUACGCCAGGACCUGCAACGGCCACUUCUGCUUGGAAAAGUACAGUUCAGCCUUUGAACAGCGUGUUAGGAAGUGUGUUUUGCCAGUACAAAAGUAGUAUCACGUGUAGUGUAAAGUUAGACGUGGUUUGUGGGUCAAAUGGAAAUUUAUAUCCAAAUAUGUGUGAGCUCAUGAUGGUGCAAUGUAGCGACCCCACGCUGAGGGCAGCAGACAGCUCCCUGUGUCUGUCUUCUCCAUGAAAUGUCUAAUUUACUUUGUACAAUCAUCUUAAUGCAAUAAGGCUAACUCUUAUUAAAUUUAGAAGGACUUAA